AAAUUUGCUGCAAGACACAAAUGUAAAAUAUUUUUAUAUGUAAUAACAGAAUUCCUUUAAAAUUUAGGGUGUGUUCACAAACAUCUUCUUCCGACACUGACAGAAAAAUGACAAAAUCUUUUUGACAAUUACCAGUGUAAAAUAAAAUUUUUAUUACAUCCAAGAAAAUAUUUUUUUGAUUCAAUAAAUACCAAUAAUGGAAUCUUCUUCAGUGACACCACCUACCGAUGAAGAGGAUCCUACCAUCAAGCACGCCAAAGAAGCUUUGUAUGAAAUCAAAGCGGAUAUCAUAGUAAAAUUUGAUGACAUAAAAUUGGAAACUAAAGAGAACUUAGAAAAUAUCAAUGAAAUUCUGAAAGAAACUAUUGAAAAGACGGUCGAUAAAACUAAAAAGGAGUUGGAUCCGGAGACUUUGAAGUUAGUAGAAGAAGCGAAGCAAAAGGUACAGCAUAUACACGAGCAGACCACAGCCACACUGGAUAAACUCUGGAAAGGAUCUGCGUGUGCGAUUCAAACCCUUGGUGCAACAGCUAAUGCAGCACUGAAUAGCGAAUCACUUGAAGCAUAUAUAACGGAAAUCAUCAACAGUAUAGAAGCGGUUGUUAAAGAACUCCUGGAGUAUUUUGAGACGCUUGUCACAUAUAUAUUACAGGAGCAGCAAAUAUUUAUAGAAAAAAUCAAGAUUAAAUUGACUUCAGACAAUUAUAUUCUGUUUUAAUUAUUAUUCUGGUCACUGUAUGUUAUUCUCUUCUAGAGAAGAGA